AUGGCGAUAGUGAUUCAUGCAACUGAGGUGGCCCAGGUUGCCGCGGCUGUGAGCUCGGGUGCCGGCGUGCUCCACUUUUGGGCGGAGUGGUGCGGUCCGGCCAAGCAGAUGAGCGCCAUCUUCGCCGAACUCGCCCGUGCCAACCCCACCAUUACCUUUGUAGAGGUGGAGGCUGAGAAGUUGCCCGAGGUCGCCGAGCGCUAUGACGUCAAGGCCGUGCCCUACUUCGUCUUCCUCCUCGGCGGCAAGGUGAAGGAGUCGGUCGAGGGCGCCAACCCGCCCGAGGUGGUGCGCGCCGUGCGCGAACUCGCCGCGGCGGCAGCAUCGGGCAGCACCACCACCGCCGUCAAGGCGGCCUCCGCGCCCCAGGCCGCUGCCACCAGCGCCGCUGCCGCCUCUCCGGAGGACGUCCAGGCCCGGCUCACCAAGCUCACCUCCUUCGCUCCCGUCAUGCUCUUCAUGAAGGGCAGGAGGCCCUCGGCCCGCAACGUCGCCGCCGUGAGGUGGGCCAAGCUCACCAGCGCCGCCUCCCUCGUCACUGGGCUGCAUGCACGAUGA